AUGCACGUCAACUGUGUUACAGUAUAUGCUCUUCAACUGCUGGUGGUCCAUCGGGGAACUCAAGAUCUAAUAGGAGGCGUGUAUGGAUUUUGCCACAGCGCGGCGGCAAAACCAAACAAAUUGAAGACUCAAUCACGGUGGGCUUGGGUCGAGUCGGAAGGCGCAGGGUGUAAUGGAAUUGUUGCCGUAUGUACACAUGACUUGGCUACCCUUAAAUUAACAAUAUAG